AAGACAACGGGAUAAAACUUUUAAACAAGACCAAUUGAUGGAGUCGUGGCAUAAUUAGCAAACAGGCAGCUGCCAGGGAAACAUGGUGGCUAAGGUGUGGUGACGCUAUCUGCACCUGUGCAGCUAUAAAACCAAGAGCUCAACUGAGCAGGUCUUCACAUCGCCCGAAGGCACCUUAUUCGUCCUCCACUCCACCAUUUUUUGCAAUGCCACCCAGCGACCAAGUAGUAUCCCCUAAUCCAAUGGGGUCAGACAGCAAUAAGCCUUCAACAGAGUACCAGCUGAAGAAGUACCUUCUUCUGGCCACUCUGGUUGCGACGGUGACAUAUGCUGCGGGGCUCAACCUGCCUGCGGGGGUCUGGGCAGACGCAAAGGAGGGACACCUCGCGGGCGACCUGAUCCUCCAUGAUACCCACUACCACCGCUACCUCGCGUUCUACUACUGCAAUGCGACUGCAUUCGCCGCGUCAGUUGUGGUAUGCCUCCUCCUCCUCAUUCUGAACAGCGAGUCCAAAGCCUGGGCAGCUGCAUUGCGGGUGCUCAUGGUUCUUGAUUUACUUGGCCUCAUGGGAGCCUAUGCUGCUGGAAGCUGCCGUGAUACAUUCACAACCAUCUACUCUUCAGUGAUUAUGUCAGCCAUCCUCCUAUACAUCAUGAUUGCUUUCUUCGUCUAUGUCUUCUCGGGGAAUCCUGAGAAGCAAGCCGAGGAUCCUAAAAAUCACAAGCGUGAAGAUCAGCAUGAGGUCUUGAUGCUACUCGCGACCUUUGUUGUUACUAUCACAUAUGUGGCUGGGCUGAACCCACCAGGUGGCUUCUGGAGCAACUCCAAGGAUGGCCACCUUGUCAGCAACCCAAUUAUGCAGGAACACAACUCCAGCCGCUAUCAGGCAUUCUUUGUCUGCAACACCACUGCAUUUGUUUCAUCCCUUCUUAUUAUCAUUCUUCUCCUUGACAAGAAGCUGAUACUCUCCUUACCUUCACUGAACCUAAACAAAUCGUCUGCACGGUUUGUAGCAUUGUAUGGAUUCAUUGUCAUCGCGCUAUUUGGCCUUGUUGGUGCCUAUGCUGCUGGGAGCUGCAGGGAGCCUGAAACAACUACCUAUGUUGUUUGCCUUAUUGGCGCGGUUCUUGCCUAUAUCUCCCUUCAAGUCGUUAUAACCAAAGCCAUUACUGAAAAUAAUCGAGACUUAUUCACCAAUGAAGCAUCAAAAAAAUCCAAUGAGGCACUGGGAAAAGCCAAGGCUGAAGAACCAGAAAAAUCCCAGGCCAACCAAGCUCUGGAAAAAGCACGCAACCUUGUUAUAUUGCUUGCUACUCUCGUUGCGAGCAUCACUUACCAAGCUGGGCUAGAUCCACCAGGCGGCCUCUGGCCAGAUGACCGGGAUGGUCAUAAGGGUGGCGACCCAGUAUUGCUGACAACACACCCUACACGGUACAAGGUGUUUUUCUAUAGCAACUCAGCAGCUUUUGUGGCAUCAUUAAUUGUCAUCACAAUGGUCCAGAGUAGCUCCCUUCUUAGGCGCCAUACACUGGAGGCAGCCAUGUUACUGGAUCUGUUCGGCCUCAUAGGUGCAUAUGUCGCAGGGAGUUGCAGGGAUGUAAGCUCCUCCAUAUAUGUUGUCGCCUUGGCUGGAGCUGUCCUUGUCUAUGUGGUGAUUCAUAUUGUUUUCUUCACAUUAGACCACGGGGUCAAGCCGGAAGAAGAGACUGUGUUGGAUAAUAGGCGUGAGGUGUUGCUGCUCUUGGCAAUCUUGGUCGCUACACUCACUUACCAAGCUGGGUUGACCCCACCUGGCGGCUUCUGGUCAGCGGAUGACAACUUGGGGCACCAUGCAGGAUUCCCAGUCCUCCUAGAUAACUUUCCUCACCGUUACAGGGCAUUCUUCUACUGCAAUGCGAUGAGCUUCAUGGCAUCCGUAGCUCUAAUUGUCCUCCUUGUGAACCCGAAUCUAUACAGGCCAGGCAUACGGUGCUAUGCACUCUAUGUUUGCAUGGUGGCAGGUAUGUUUGGGCUCAUGGGCGCCUAUGCUGCUGGAAGCUCCCGCCACCUACGAACUUCCAUCUAUGUGUUAACAUUGGUUGCUGCAGUGUUUGCAUUUGUAAUUUUGCUGGUCAUUUACUUCUGGAAACAAUCCCAGAAAAAAAAGAUCUCCAAACAAGACGGCAACGGCAGCGAUGUGUCCCAUGAUCAAGGGCCCUCCGGGCAAGGAGUCAGCACUAUUCACCCUUCUCAAAGAAGAUACCCCGGCGCAGAUAUUGAAUCCACUAGAUCAAGAGAGGAGGACAACCGCCUCAAAGAAAAAGAUGAGAAGGAACCCCAAGAUGUAGAGGACAGCCCUGACGAGAAAAGAAACAAGGACCUUCGGGAGUACUUGAUGCUGGUAGGAGUCUUGGCCGCAAGUGUGACAUAUCAAAGUGGCCUAAAACCUCCAGGUGGCCUCUGGCAAGACAACAACAAUGGGCACUCCGCAGGCAACUCAAUCCUCCACGACAUCAACAGAAGCCGGUACCAAGCUUUCUUCUAUAGCAACUCCACUUCAUUUAUAGCUUCUAUUGUGGUGGUGGUCUUGCUUCUUCCAAAGACGCUGCAUGGCCACAAGUUGCUACUCUGGCCAAUGCACACGGCCAUUCUGCUGAACAUGCUCGGCCUCCUGGGUGCCUACGCAGCAGGAAGCACAAGGGAGUGGGAGACGUCCAGGAAUGUCAUCUGUCUAGUCAUUCCUGUGCUGGUCUGUGUUGCAGGCUAUGCAACCUGGUCACUCUAUAAAAGAAGGACCAAUGCCACAAAGGAAAUUGCACAUGAAGCAACUAGUGUUGAGAAAAGCUAGGCAUCAUGUGAUGUUUUGCCUGCUUUCAA